UAUUCCUCGAUGCCUCGCGGUUUAGCCUCAUUAAACAAAAAAAUCGUCAAGAGUUUGACGAAGUUAACGAAGCGUAAAGCUUGUUACUCGCGGUUCUUUCCCGUAUCGAAAUAUUUUUUUGAAUAAAUACGCGCGUUUUCUCUCUCUCUUUCUUUCUCUCUUCUCUCUCUUACUCUCAGUUAUGUAACUCAUCUUAGUAGCAACGAUAUUAAAGAAGAAGAAGAAGAAAGAAAAAGCUAACGAGAAAAAUGAAAAAACUCGAAUUCAGUUUUUUAAUUUUUUACCUGGCACUCUUGGUGACAGGAGAAGAAGCCUCGUUGAAAGAAUUAACGUUGCAGGUGAACACGAAAAUAUUAAUCUCAGUGAGCAGUGAUAAAUUUUUAAGCCUUGCUAUCGAUCCUCUAGUUAUACUUAAAUCCGAAGAUGUAUCAGCAAUAGCAUCCUUCGAACGAUAUAUAUUUUGUAGGAAUUACGAGAGAAGUAUUCUAAUGGCUAAGGCCUUAAGUCCCGCCUAUCUUCGACUUGGUGGGCCUGAAAGUAACUCGUAUCUACUCGACGAUCGCAACAACACGGACAACGUGUUUUCAGAAAAUAAUUGGAGACGACUCAAUCAAUGGGCCGAAAAGACCGGGCUCGAUGUGGUUGCCUGUAUAUCACCAAGAUUAAUGGGAAAUGAUAGCCAAAUGGAUCUCGUUUCUUUGACCGAUCGAAUGGGUUUCAAUGCUAGCUGGCAAUUGGGAUAUGAGUGCCAGACGAGAUGCAACUUUAGUGGUACCGACGUUGGAAGGUACGUUCAAAUUUUGCGGGAUAAAUUGAAUGCCAUUCCGAGAUAUUCAAAUAGCAUCAUCACCGGACCGGAUGUGCUCGAUUACCAAACAGAAGAACAACGGGAAUAUCUGGAGACAUUUUUUACCGAGGCCGAGGAAUCCCUCACGGCUGUCACGUGGCAUCCAGAUUUCACUAAUGUUGUUGAAAACAAAGAUGAUGUUUUUAUGGAUAAUUUUAUGAAUAAUCUCUACGAGAUUUUAGGACACGAUGUUGCGAAAAAGCCGCUUUGGAUCGCCGAAUCUAAAGCAGAGCCAAGGAAGAAUCAAUUUGUCGGUGCUCUUGCUUGGACCAACAGACUAGGAAAUACCGCUAAACUUGGAAUAGAAGUUCUAAUGAGACAACCAGUCGAUCUCUCGAAACCAACUCCAGAUUAUUGGGUAUCUGUACUUCACAAGAAACUGGUAGGUAGAGAAAUUUUAGACACAAGGAUACAAACGGAUAACGGAAGCCACGUUCACUUUUAUGUACAAUGUACGAAAGCUUCGGCUAUUUAUCAGAGAGGAGCCUUAACGAUCUUCGGUAUAAAUCUAAAUCCAAUGAAAAUACGAGCUAACGUUAAGGGUUUCGAAAUAAAGAACCUUCACGAGUACGUUUUAACUCCAGGAUUUGAUACGGAAAAUCGUAUGUACGCGAAAACUGUCCUUUUAAAUGGAAAACCAUUGAGUUUAUUUAAAGAUAGUGAAUUGCCCUUAUUGGAACCUGUUAUAUAUAACAAUGAAAAGGGUUUGAGUAUCGAGUUAUCGUCAGGUGGAAUUGGAUUCUGGGUCGUUCCCGAUCAAAAGAUAAAUUCCUGUAUGGAUCGCAAAGUUGAAAAGGAGAAUGUUAUCGUGAAAACAUUGAGAAAGGAAAAUGGGAUAUUGCGAAAAAAACGAUUAAUCGAUUAUGAUAAAACUAUUAGGCGUAAUAAAAAUAAGAAAUGGCGGAGGUUAGCGAAAAGGGAACUAGACCGUUCAGUUGAAGAACGGAAAUUGAAGAAAAUCGACAUGCAAGAGGAGCACGAGAAGUUCGAAAAAGUUUUUCCGAGAAAAUUGGCACGAAUCGAGAGAAAAAGGUCGACGAGCGAAUCCGUCGAUCCUUUCGAUUCUACCUGGAAGCCAAAGGAACAGCAAACGAUGGAAAAAAUUCGAAGAUCGAAGAAAGAUGUCGACAAAUUUUUCUCUGAUUUUUUUCAAACCGAUCAAAAAUACGAUCGGAGAAGGAAGAAACAAUCGUCGACUGGGCCGAAUAAAAUGAAAGAAAGAGAAAACAAUGAGAAUAAUUUGUAUGGAUUUUCCAGGGAAGAUACGAUGAAAAAUUUGCCGAACGUUGACGUUCUUUUACAGAUUGAUGACUAUACGAGAAAAAACAAGGAUUACGAUUAUACGAAGGGAGAAAAAGUAAAAGAGAAAGGGUGGAAAAUUGUAACGAUCGAUCAUACCAAGCCUGAGAAUACUUGGAUAAACGUUGACAAUGAUUAUCGUGGUUAUAGGCCAAAUGAAAUUUUCGAAACUGCGAGCAUAGCAAAUGUUGGCAUGAAAGAAAAUUCUAAUGAUUAUUAUACGAACAUCUGGCAAGGUGAGAAUAUUCAAAAACACUGGGUAAAUCAAGAAUAUGACAAAGAAGACAACGCCAAGACAAAACCCGUCACAAACGUUGCUUCAGGUGUCGGUGAAGGGAGACGAAUCAAGGGAAAUACCGUGAAUAUGCUAAUGAACUAUUAUUCAGACUCUUCAGCAGGCAAAAGCAAUCAAGAAAACCUCGAAGAGUCUUUUAGAGUAAAGACUCAAGGAUCCAAACUCGGAGACUCUUUCGUGGCUUCUCUAGGUAAAACUAAAUUAACGUUGCCUGAAAGAAGAAGAAGAAGAAGAAGAGCCCAGACUACGACUAUCGAGGAAGACAAGAUGACGGAUCUUGAUGUUUUACAUUAUUCCAAAUCGAUCGGUGUGCCAAUGAACAUUCCAACUUAUACCUAUUCGAAACAAAGUAAAAGAUCGAAGAGGAAGGUAAAAAACUUGGAUACGAUACUGGAAAAAGAAAUGAUCGAUGAGGAUGAAGCAAAUUCGAAGGAUUGUAAAUGUAGAGUGAUCAGAAAUUUUAAUGACGAUACGAAAUUCAUUCCUUCUAAAUUAAAACGACGUGCAAACAAAAAUUAUAAAGUAACUACAGAAUCUGGUAAAGGAAACGUAGAAAAUUAUAAAACUGAACAGUACGAAAAAACUACAGAACCUAGUAAUGAAAACGUAGAACAUUCUGAAACUAAACAUUACGAAGAAACUACAGAAUCUGGUAACGAGAACGAAGAAAAUUAUGAAACUGAACAAUACGAAAAAACUACAGAAUCUUAUGAAACUGAACAAUACGAAAAAACUACAGAAUCUGGUAACGAGAACGUAGAAAAUUAUGAAACUGAACAAUACGAAGAAACUACAGAAUUUUCUAACGAAAACAUUGAAAAUUAUGAAGCUGAACAAUUGGAAAAAGUAGAUAAGCAGUUAGUGGAAUCCAUUAAUUCAGAACUCGAUCAGAUGGAUGAUCAUGAAAUCAAUGAUUCGUCUACAAUGAUCACGGAACUUAGUAAUCAAUUAUCCGAGAUUCUCAAAGACGAAUUAAAUGUACACUAUGAUGAACUCGAAACGAAAGAAGAGAAAUUUUUUCGUGGCCCUUCGGGGCAAACCAAAGAAACGGAAGAAGAGAUUAAUUUUAACAAGGAUACUUUUGAAGUUAUUCCAAAGCUUUCGGAAAAUAUUACAUCCAUCUCGGAGAAGGAGACCAAAACUACUGAAAUCGGGAUCAAUACUGGCACGUCGUCAACAGAAGAAACCGAAACUGAGAAAGGCGCGACAUUGAAACGAGCAAAAUCUUCAAAAAGAAUCAAAAAACAAAUAAGAAACGUUAAGAAAUUGUACGAAAAUAAAAAGAGGAGUACGCAUAAAUUAAAAGAAGAACGAAAUCAGCAUAAUCGCAGAAAACGUAGAGAGUUAUCGGAAAUGAUAGGAUCAAAAUUACGCCCGAGAGAGGAGGAGAAAAAGAUUCCGGAGCAAUACGAAGAUAAAAUGUUAGACGUGAUCAAAGAAAAAAACGUUAAUGAGAAUAAGAUGAAAGUAUACUUGAAAAGGGAAAUAUGGAAAAAUGUAAAAAACAACGAAGACGACGGAGAAGACAUGAUCGAGCUAAAAAAUAACCCAUACGUUUUAAUUUACGAACCGAUCGUCGACGAUAUCUUGGAAAAAGAAAAAUCAAAAAGUCGAGAUGAAAAAAAAUUUAUUCCCUUAGUCGUUUUUAGUAAGCCUUACAAAAAAAUCCAAGAAAAAUUGAUCGAAUCUAAAAAUGAUUUCGACGCUAAAUCCGAUCGAUUUAAAUCAAGAUUAAUUCAAUCGUUAAGAUUCCCAUAUAAUAUUUUAGAUGAACGUAAACGAUACGAUAAAGAUCAAAUUGCCUUUGAUAAAGGGUAUUACGCUUUAGUCGAAUCUAAAGAGGAGAAAAAUCCGCGGAUGUUUCAGUAUCAAAGAAAAUCUAACGAAAAGCUAAGGAAUGCUUAUCAAAGUAAAGGGAAAGAGAUAUUGUCGGAAAACUCUGAGAUUCGUACCUUAAAAAUACCCAUUGGUUAUAUAUACGACGAAUCCACGGAGACAAUGAAAUCAGAAGAAAAAUCGAAAUUACGAUCAUCCGAUUAUAAAAUUUAUUAUCCAGAAUUAGAAAUGCAUGAACAUUCUUCGGAAUCAUUGAUCUAUGAUGACGAUCCAAGACCAAACUUUUACAAUUUAAUUCUCAAGCCAAAAUUCGACAAAAUAAUCUUCGAGAGAUUGAAAAGUAAUCAGGAUCAAAGGAUUGCACCAAUUUUUUAUAUUUCCGAUACAAAAAAAAGGCCAAAAAACGUGGAGGAACAAUCGGAAGAAUCUGAUAUUGUUAAUAAUUCUACGAAUUCCAAAGAUGACGAUUCGAAAUCGAUGGAAGAAAAUGUAACAAAGGAAGAUUAUACGAUUAGAAUAAUUCCAAGUUCGAUAGAAAAUGUCAAGAAAAUUGAAGAAAUUUCUAAGAUUGAGAAAAAUCAAGAAAAUGUUAAAAAUCGUCGUACCCGAAGAGACGUCGAUAAAAAUGAACGGACAAGAUCAAAACGACAUAAUUAUGUGAAUUUAAACAAUGAUCUUAUGACCGAUAAGUUGUUCGACAAUUCAGAACUAUUUUCAAAAUUAUUAAAAGGAUCAAAUCUUGUCGAAAGUACACCUGAAUAUCAAAACAAAAAUUCGCGAUCACUUUUAAGCGAAAGUUUCACGGAAAAUUUUCGAAUUAAAGAGGAUCUUCCAAAAAACACCAUUCCUUUAUCAAAAGAUAUAGAUCUUAUAGAGAACUUAGAUUACCUUUUAUUAGAUGAUAAUAAACUUUUACACUAUAAACCAGAAGAAAAUGAAUCUUUUAGCAGCGAAGUGGACGAGGAUGAAACGUAUGAAAAAUAUUUGACCGAACUCGACACGGAAAUACUGAACAACGAGAUAAAUCGUGACGAUUCGAAAUUAAAUUUAAAACACGUAUACAAUUACAUAAAAGAAAAUGACGAUAAACCAUGGAAAGAUAUAAAUCAUGAAAAUUUGAAUAAAAAAUCUGAGAUACUUGAAGAACUUUGGGAAUUCAAUCGAUUAUCGAUUCCGAAAGAAGAGAACAUGGUAGAUAAUUUUUUGGAAGAUUUUUCACGGCACGAUUCGGUGAUGAAAAAUAAUGGCCGAAGGGAUCAACCGAAUGGUAGUAAUAAAUCAUCGUUUCUUCGAGGGGCUAUUCCCAAAUUACAAGAAAUGAUAACUGAGGGAUUUGAUAAAGCGCAGAACCUAACGGAGUCCUUGGAAGAAUUCACGGAAAGCAUCGAUAAAAAGUUUAACGGGACUUUACCGAAAGAUGAUAAAAAUAACAUUUUCCAAAGUGCGACUUCUUCGUCCAUGAGCACGGAAAAUAUUUUUCAAACGAUGAAAACGAACCUGGAGAAAUUAUUCACUUUUUUGUUUGGCUUUACUCGUAUAUUUAAUGAAAAAUUAUAAAUUUUAAAUGCCAUCAUAUCUCAUAUUUAUUAUAAUAUUUAUAACAUUCUUAUUUCUUCAAUACAAAUCGUGUAACAUUAGCUCGUUAAUACUUACACAAUUAAUCAAAAAUAUUUAAUUUGUAAUA